AUGUCAGGAACCCCCAGCGAGAGUCUGGGAUCCCAGGACCUGCCCGUGCUGGCCAAGGCCUGUUUAACCACCAUGGACAGAAAGCUCAACCUGCUGAAUGAGAAGGUCGACAAGCUCUUGCAUUUGCAAGAACACGUCACGGAGACACUGCAGUUUGUGUGCCUCAGCCUGGAUCGCUUGGAGCAAGGCCUUAACCGGGCAGAGGCCUCCCAAGCGCUGAGCCCAGUCACUGCCCCCAGAGCUCCCCCAGCUAACACCCAGGCCGGGAGCCCUGAGGUCCUGGAGCUGGUGAGGGCUGUGCAGCAGAACGCUGCCCAGCACGGCACCAGGCUGGAAGCCCUCUUUCGGAUGGUGGUGACGGUGGACAAGGCGAUUGCUUUUCUGGGGACCAUGUUCCAGAACUCAAAGGUGGUGGAUUUCAUCACACAAGGGGGUGUACCCUGGAGGAGAGGUAGCCUGGCUGAGGACCCCGAGGAGAACAAAGAGAAAGCGGAAGAGAAGGGGGCAAAACCAAAGCCUGUGCUGAGCUCCAGAAGCGCACACGCCCGAAGCAAGGAGCCAUGGGCAGAGAGCCAGAAGACAGAGCCCCCAGAAGGGGCAGUGGAGUGGCUACCUCUCAUCCAUGCUUCAGGGCUGAAGGCAGACCUCCUCACUCAGGCUGGGACCUCACCGGGGCAAGGAGAUGGAGUCCCUGGGCAGGGCCAGGUGGCCUCUGACCACCUUUUGCUGCCCGUGGAAGUGGAAGCCAGAGCUCCUAAGACAGUGAGCAAGAGCCUUAGGCCUGGUCUGGAAUUGCCUACAGGCCCUGUCAGGGCCAGUGAGGUCUUCACCAGUCAAGAAACUGCACCAGGAGCAGAACAUGGGGCACUGACCAGCAGACGUGGCUCUCAGACUGCAGAGGAGGGACUGAGGCUGACUUCAGAGCCCGGCUUCCAGCCCCCAGCAGUCAUGGGGCCUCCAGCCCAAGGUGGGGCGGCUGGCAACAGUGAACAAAGGGCUCCAAGAAUCUCUCUACAUGCGCAGGAAGUGGAUAUUUCCAGGGAGCUGCUUGUGACAGGAAGGGGUGACCUCAAAGCCACACCCUCUACAGAGAUGCCCCCACCUGCUCGCUCAGGUGAGCAAGAUCCGCUGGGGCCCAGGUGCUGCUCCCAGGCCCCUGGGACUGAGUGUGGACAGAAGAACCUCCAUGGAGCCAAGGGCAGCCAUGGGGGAGCAAAAGCAGAGGAGCCGGGACCUGCAGCAGAGUCCCUGAUGGGACCAAGUUUCGCCAGAAGGGACAGGAGAGAAGAUGCAGCUGGGGCCCCAGACAAAGGCCCAGGAGCAGGAAACCCUGAGCCCGGAAAGAACUGCCCAGCUGAAGGCAUGGGGACAGCUGAAGCAGGAAGAAGGACAUCCCUGGGCACUGAGGCUGGCAGCCUGGUUCUGGAUGACAGUCCGCCUCCGCCAGCCCCCUUUGAACACCGGGUGGUGAGCGUCAAGGAGACUUCCAUUUCAGCAGGCUACACCGUGUGUCAGCAUGAAGUCUUAGGAGGGGGUCGGUUUGGCCAGGUCCACAGGUGCACAGAGAAGUCCACAGACCUCCCACUGGCAGCCAAGAUCAUUAAAGUGAAGAGCUCCAAGGACCGGGAGGAUGUGAAGAAUGAGAUCAACAUCAUGAACCAGCUCAGCCAUGUGAAUCUGAUCCAGCUCUAUGACGCCUUCGAGAGCAAGAACAGCUUCACCCUCAUCAUGGAGUAUGUGGAUGGGGGUGAACUCUUUGACCGGAUCACGGACGAGAAGUACCACCUAACUGAACUGGAUGUGGUCCUGUUCACCAGGCAGAUCUGUGACGGCAUGCACUACCUCCAUCAGCACUAUAUCCUGCACCUGGACCUCAAGCCGGAGAACAUACUGUGUGUCAGUCAGACCGGACACCAAAUUAAGAUCAUUGACUUCGGGCUGGCUAGAAGGUACAAGCCUCGGGAGAAGCUAAAGGUGAACUUCGGCACCCCUGAGUUCCUAGCCCCAGAAGUCGUCAACUAUGAGUUCGUCUCCUUCCCCACAGACAUGUGGAGUGUGGGGGUCAUCACCUACAUGCUACUCAGUGGUUUCUCCCCGUUUCUAGGGGAAACCGAUGCGGAGACCAUGAAUUUCAUUGUGAACUGUAGCUGGGAUUUUGAUGCUGAUACAUUCGAAGGUCUGUCAGAGGAGGCCAAGGACUUUGUUUCCCGGUUGCUGGUCAAAGAGAAGAGCUGCAGAAUGAGUGCCACACAGUGUCUGAAACACGAAUGGUUGAAUAACUUGGCUGCCAAGGCUUCAAGAUCCAACAUUCGUCUCAAAUCUCAACUAUUACUGCAAAAAUAUACAGCUCAAAGGAAAUGGAAGAAACAUUUCUACGUGGUGACUGCUGCCAACAGGUUAAGGAAAUUCCCAACCUGUCCUUGAGCUUCAACUCUGCUGUUCCAGGGGGCCCAGAACUGAC